UUUUUUCUUUUUUCUUUUUCCAUAUUGUUGUUGGUUGGAGUAAGCAAAUUGAACGAGGAGAGAGUUUAUCUCCCAGCGAAUGAAUCAAGGAAAACCGAGCAGAUUUUUCCUUCUGAGAAAUGGAAGCUGAUGUUUCAAUUCAUUUUCUAUAAACCCUAUUCUUCUUUUUCCUCUUCUUCUUUUCAAUCUUUGUUUGUCAUCACCCUUUUCUCUUUUACUCAUUAGGGUUUUUCGGUCCAUGGCUUUGUUGUUGUUGUUGUUGUUGUUGACUCCUAUGAAUCCACGUCUCGCUUUAUUGUUUUCACUGCUUUUGGUUCUUUCUUCCGGCUCUGCAGCUAAUGUCGUAUUGAUUGGGGCCAACGUUACACUUUCUUUCGACUCCAUUGAAGCUAAUUUCGCUCCUUCAAUAGAAAGUUCGGGAGAACCUGGGGUGUUAUAUCUGGCAAAGCCUCUUGAUGCUUGCUCGACAUUGGAAAAUAAAGUUGUGGUGCCUGUAAACACCAGUUCACCAUUUGCGCUUAUAGUUAGAGGAGGAUGUAGCUUUGAGGAUAAAGUGAGGAGAGCUCAAGUAGCUGGAUUUAAAGCUGCAAUCAUUUAUGACAAUGAAGAUGGUGGCUUAAUUGCGAUGGCAGGGAGCUCGGCUGGUAUUAGAAUACAUGCUGUAUUUGUUACUAAAACAUCUGGCGAGACAUUGAAGAAGUAUGCAGGCUUGGCUAACGUUGAAAUAUGGAUAGUUCCAAGCUUUGAAAACUCUGCAUGGUCCAUCAUGGCUAUCUCCUUUAUUUCUCUUCUUGCAAUGUCUGCAGUGCUUGCUACUUGUUUCUUCGUUCGAAGACAUCGAAUAAGACGAGGACGUCCUCGAUCUUCUCAUACUCAAGAGUUUCGGGGAAUGAGCAGGCGUGUAGUAAAAGCAAUGCCAAGUCUGAUAUUUACGACGGCUUUAGAGGAUAAUUGCACAUCAAUGACAUGUGCCAUAUGCCUUGAGGACUAUACUCCUGGUGAGAAGCUCAGAAUUCUACCAUGCCGCCACAAAUUUCAUGCCCUCUGUGUCGACUCUUGGCUUACUGCUUGGAGAACCUUCUGCCCGGUCUGCAAGCGAGAUGCAAGAACUAGCACCGGUGAUCCACCACCUUCAGCAUCGACACCAUUGCUUUCAAGCGCUCCCAGUUCGGUUGCUUCAUCCUCUAUUUUAUCUUCUUCUAGAUCAUCAUUACCACCAAGCUCAGCCAUUCAAAUAUCCCCAGCAUUAAGAUCACCUUCGGUAUCUCGAAACCACUCUCUCUCAAGCACCCCUUACCUUCACCAGUCUCUGAUAUCCUCCUACCACCAAUCUCCGAGAUCCUCCUACCACCAAUCUCCAUCCUUGAGUGUGAGCAGAAGUUCAGUUGAACUCAGAAAUGCAUCUUCCCAAAGAUCUUACACUUCUCAUUUAAUUUCACCAUAUUCCUCGUGUUACCCAUCUGUUUCACCUUUACAUUCAAGAUACAUGAUUCCGCACAUUCCUAGUCCAAGCAAUGCCUCACCAAGCAUCAUUGGUUCUUCUAGUCAUCAACAUAACCCCUUGCAUUGUAGUGGGUCAGCUGCAAGCUUAUCUCCAUUCGCUUCGACUCGGUCUCUACCUGAAUGCUGAUAUGAGAGCAAGAGCAAGAGCAAGAGCGUUGGAGAAUCUUUCGUUCACAGACAUUGACAACCUAUAGAGGGUCGAGGGGUGGGGUGAGGUAUGGUUAUGGCAAUGACAUCAUCUGGUCUGUAAAUUGAUUUGUUAGUCGUGAUCGUGUCUAAAUAGCCUGGUUGGCCGGCUUCAUUGUAUAUUAUUCCUUACUAUUGCUCCAUUUAUUUUGGGUUUGAAGUGUUCCAUUCUGUGGUACAUCAUACAUACAUAUGUUGUAGAGGUUGGUUUCUUAAAAUAUGAAAGUGAAGCAGAGUAAUUCUUGUGGGCGGUGGGUUUGUUUGGAA